UAUCUACGUGCAGAGGUGGAUGGACAGAAGUCGUUGAAGUAACCCGUCGUCCCGGUGAGGUUGCUCACAAGAUGUCAGACCCCAAUUCUACAGUCUUCCCAACAGAGGGACCGACAGAACCACCGUUAACAUACCAGAAUGUUUUGAUAGGAUGUCUUCUCUGCAUAGGUGGAAACUUAUUGAUCAGUGUCUCUCUCAAUGUUCAGAAAUACACUCAUAUGAAAAAUGAGGAAAGAAUCAGUCAAGAGAAUGAAAGUUUUCAUUACACCAAAGAUCCAUUAUGGUGGAUUGGGAUCAUAUUGAUGGUUUUUGGAGAAAUUGGGAAUUUCUCUGCCUAUGGAUAUGCUCCAGCAUCCCUCGUGGCACCUCUAGGGACGACAACAGUCAUAGCUAAUAUGUUCAUAGCAGUGGUGUUUCUGAAAGAAAAGUUGAGACCACAAGAUUUAUUUGGUUGUGCUCUCUCAAUUGUUGGUGCUUUCCUGCUGGUCAACUUUUCUCCUAAACAUGAGAAGGUGCUCACUGGACCAGAAAUAAACGAAGCAUUAAAGCAGAUUGCAUUUUUGGUGUAUAUUAUCAUAGAGUUCCUUGCAUUGAUUGUGCUGUUGGUGUUACUGUACAAGCUCCAGAUUGACAGUGUGUUGGUGUUCCUGUUAAUCUGUGCCAUGCUGGCCUCCUUUACUGUAAUCUCAGCUAAGGGAGUGUCUGGUUUAAUUCAUAUAACAUUCAUGGGCUACUCCCAGUUUGAUCAACCUGUUCUCUAUGUGAUGGUGGUAAUAUUAGUGGCCACAGCUAUAUUGCAGGUCAAAUAUUUGAACAGUGCCAUGAAGUUGUUUGAAGCUACAGUUGUGGUACCAACCUACUUUGCCUUUUUCACCAUAAGUGCUAUAUUAUCAGGUAUCGUUUUCUACAGAGAGUUUUGGGGUAUGAAUGGUUUGGACAUCUUUAUGUUCAUGUUUGGGUGCACUCUGUGUUUUAUUGGCGUAUUUUUCAUCACGUCAGGAAAAGGACCACCUCCAUCUCCUAGCAAUGAGCCAAAACCAAAACUGGCUGCCAUACUACCAGACUGGUUAUUAUCUACCUACUCAAGAUCAACAGUUCAGCCCAGGUCACAAGAGAGAAACCCAAUCUUGAAAGAUCAAAGCCCCUCAGAGGAAUCUCCUGCUAAAGAAGAGAUGCCAACUGAUGGUUAUGGUGCAGUGCAACCUUAACCAACACUUUCAAUGUUAGACAACUUCCAGGAUAAUUGUUUUGCUAUAUUUGUCUCCCUUUAGGGUGCAGAAUUCAUCUCAGUCUCAAGUUAUUUUAAGUAACUGUUCAAAACUGCACAACCUUAAGACUCCAUGGCCAGUGUAUUUGGUUUUCAGGGUUUAUUUGGUUUUCAGAGCUGAAACAGUACCCUGUGUAUGUGAUCUUUGUGUCUUGUAAUUUAAGAGAUUUUUAUGUAACAGAUAUGUAUCAGUGGGGCUUUUGGGUUGAUAUGAGCGCAAUGUGAUAGAUAAUUAAGUCAGAUGGCUACGUAAUAUUUUGUCUGCAUUGUAAGAGCAGUAUAGUAAAAUAAAGCAUGCCAUUAUCUGUAAUGUAUGCUGCAUAAUAUUUUAUCAUGUUUAAUAUUUUUGUUACCUUUGCUGUAUAUAAUUUCUUAAAUUUAACAUGUCUUUGCUUGUGAUAAUUAAGGUUUGUGUCGAUAUAUUAGUCAGUGUGCUGGGUAUGAUAUACUUGGGAAUAACUUGUAUGAAGUAGAAAACAGUAUUAAAAAUCUUCUUUUAACUGGAAAUACCUGCUGGAAGAUGGUAUAGAAAAUCAUGUAUGGUAGAUGUGCAGUAAAGAUCUUCUGGUACUGCAAUAUAUGGCUCAUAGAGGUAGUGUCUAAAAACAGAUAAAAUGUGCUGCUGAGUACAACUAACACAGACUUUACUAUUAUGCUUCAGACUGGAAAGCAUUAAUAAGAAAUUAUAAGAAAAACGCAACUCUUUGCUAUUUAUAUUUAGAGAAAAGUUACACAUAGCAAACAAUUGUUACAGCAAUAUUGAACCAGCUCUAAUAUCUCUUCAGUUUACAGACUUUUUUUACGUUAUUUUUGUACGAGUACUGCAAGCUUUACACUUUUUUUUUCAAAUCUUUUGUACAAUGAAAGAGAUUAGAAUGGUAUGUAUAGGCCACAAGGCUUAGAGAAAAAUGCUCACUCUACAUAGGCAUCAGUCAUACAGAAAAUGCCUUUUAAAUAUUCAAACUCUUGGCAUCUAUCACUCUUGCAAUGUCUCUCAUCUAUGUUGGGUACAACUAUUAUUACCCACUGCAAGUUCACUAGGCUUGAUCUGCUCUCAUGAACAACAGUCCUGUACAGAAAGCAGUAAUGUGUAGAAUCUUCUGCCACAAGUCCAUGAAAUAGUUUGAUCAAGCUUUCGGUUGCUUUAUUGGAUUGUUUUAGAUAUAUUGGACUGUUUUAGACUUUUCAGGUUUUAUCUUGUUAGAUAUCAAAUCUCUGAACUUGUAGAAUCUCACAAGAAUAUUUUGUAUAUACUUAUAUUAUAUUAUUCUUUUUUGGUCAAGAACACAAAGGAUAAGGACAGUUAUACAUUAUUUCUGUGUCUAUACACCAAAAGGGUACUUUGUACCUAACCAGUUUUUUUCAUUUUCAAUCAGUUUUCAUACACAUUUUCAUGCUGAAACUAGUAUAAAUUAGUUUAUUCUAGAAGCAUAUCAAAUGCUCAUAUUUCUAUCCCAUUUAAUAUACAUUUUUUACCUUUUAGCUCAAUGUAUAGGUUGUGGAAUAUAGAAACUUUGUAUGCAUAUAUUAAUACCGGUUAUAUUCCUGUUGACAUUCCAUAUCUUGAUGAAGACUGCUGGAAAUAGUUUUAAUGCAAGUGUAUUAAGAACAAAUAAAGUAUCAAUGUUGUACUAA